UUUGUCUCCAAUGGCGUCCCAAAACGCUGUUCGAGGAGUUUAUUGGUACUAUGGAUCCGAGUUCCCAGUUUCUAAGAUAGAAUCAUCCCUUUUCACUCAUCUUUUCUGCGCAUUUGCUGAACUUGAUCCCCAAACCAACCAAGUUACCAUCCCAUCUGGAUCUCAAGCUCAGUUCUCCACCUUCACACAAACCGUCCAGCUGAAAAAUCCUUCCAUCAAGACUCUCUUAUCUAUCGGUGGAGGAGGCGGUGAUCAGAUUGCUGCCGCCUUUGAAUCCAUGGCAAGUCAAGCAAGUUCACGCAAAACAUUUAUCGACUCUUCGAUAAAUUUAGCAAGGUCUUAUAAUUUCCAUGGCUUAGACCUUGACUGGGAAUACCCCAACACCACCACCCAGAUGACCAACUUCGGUUUGCUUCUCAAUGAGUGGAGAGCUGCUGUGGCUGCCGAGGCUCAGAACUCCGGCAGAACACCACUGCAAUUAUCUGCAGCAGUUCUUUACUUAUCUUAUUACUACUCAACCUCAGUGGCUUAUCCAAUUCAGGCUAUAUCAAACAGCCUGGAUUGGAUCAACGUAAUGGCGUAUGAUUUUUACGGACCUGGGUGGUCAACAGUUACCGGACCUCCGGCAGCAUUAUUCAAUCCAGGGAAUACAAUUAGUGGAGAUUAUGGGGUCACAAGUUGGAUUAAUGCUGGUUUGCAAGCUAGUAAAAUAGUAUUAGGGUUUCCUUUCUAUGGUCGAGCUUGGCAGCUUGCAAAUCCUAAUGAAAAUGGGUUCUUUGCACCCGCCGUCGGAGCAGCCUUGACCGACGCCGUAGCAUAUUCAGGGAUCAAGGAUUUUAUUAAUGAUAAUGGUAUUAAAACUAUUUACGAUGAAACUUAUGUUUCGAAUUAUUGUUAUUCUGGUACGACAUGGAUAGGUUACGAUGAUACAGACAGCAUUUCUGCUAAGGUUGUUUAUAUUAAAAAUAAAGGAUUGCUUGGUUACUUCGCUUGGCAAGUUUCCAACGAUGACGAUAAUUGGACUCUUUCUCGCGAAGCUGCAUCUACAUGGGGAGCAUAGACAUGUUGGAACAGAGAGAAAGGAGACUUCUGUUAUGUAUAUUACUUGCAAUAAGGCUUUGUGUAUAAGCCAUGUGUAUUUGCAUUACUCCCUAUUAUUUAUGAGUAUAAAGU